CUACAAAAUUUGGAUGAAAAGAAAUUUAUGAUUGUUGCGGAAAUGGAUACUUUACUGAGGAAACGAGAAGAAUUGAAUAAGAAGAUUUGGAUGCAAGAAAAGGAAACCUACCGUAUGGAGGAGAAGUUGCAACGAAUUGAUAGUUUGUUAGUUCCGUAUUUCCUUUGGGAUAUACCUAAAUUGAAUUUUGCGCAAAAGUCUUGA